CUAAAAUAAAGAAAAAAUGCAAUAUCAACGUAUUUUAGAUACCUUCGAACAGCGUUGGAUCGAAAGUCAUGAAAAGAAUAUAAAGUUUAGAACAAAAAAAAUUAUCUUAGAUGCUCCUGAUAUCAAAGAUUUUGUUUCAAAUAAAGAAGUAACAUCUUUUAAUAUAUCAUCUUUUAUUAUUAGAACCUACCAUAAAACAACCAGCAACAAACUCAUCAAUCAAAGGAACUACCAAAAAAAAAUCGAUUAAAAUAAUAAUUACAAGAAGAAUGUCCUAUCUGCAUGACAAACUUAGAUGAUUUAUAAAAUGUCUGUGAAAUCGAUGUUUGCCAACAUUAAAUAUGUUUACCUUGUAUAAAAGAGUGGGCAGAAAAAUACAAGACUUAAUGUCCAUAUUGCAGAGCAAAAUUUAAAAAAAUCUAUCCAAUAGAAAAUGGCAAAAGAAAAAGAAGUCCGAUCAAGUUAAAUCUUAAAAAACCUAAAUGGUAGCCAGAACAAGAUCAAUUUUAUGAUUUCUAGUAAGAACAAGAAGAAAAUCAAAAUUGUUAACUUUGUGGAUGUUCUCACUCUUAGUAUUUAAUGUUAGUUUGUGAUAAAUGCAAUGAUUAGAUGUGCCAUACAUUUUGUGAUCCUGGUUUUCUAGAGUUUUUCAUUCCUAAAAAAAAUUGGUAUUGUUUGGAUUGCCGUAAAUCGAAAUUAAUUUAUCACAAGCCUAAAUGAUAAUUUGC